AUGCGCUUCAGAAUCGAGAAGGACGAAGAGGCUCGCAUGAUCCGCGAGGAGACGGAUGCCGGCUUCGUCCGUUCGCCACCAUUCAUUCCAACCAACAAGGCCCGCGAGAGUUCCGCCCACCGGAUUGUCGUAUGCCUCAACAACAGAGCCCGCUCCCUGAACAGCAAGCUCGCUACUGCGCCACCCUACACCAAAAUCGCCGCACUGCACUCGCUCCAGACAUACAAGGCCAUACCCGACUUCCCGCGCACUUUGGCUGAGAUCGACGAGCUUGCCGCUGCACAGCUAACCUACAUGCUCCACCAACUUGGCAAAGAGGCUCCAAAAGGGCUGACCCCGAAGCGGAAGGCGUUCAAGAAGGUGAUCGGGCUUCCUGACGUCACCUCUGUCGCACAGUAA